UUUGUAUGGCCAUCUGGCCUUGCCCCUUGGACAUGUUCCAAGAGCUAGCCUUCGUUAAUCCCGUGGUCACCAUGAUUGAUUUGGUCCCUUCCGUUCCGUGUCCCGGCCUCUCUCGCUCUAUAUAACAAGCCACCCCAGCAGCAUCUCUCCUCGCAUCUCAAACAGAUCACCAGAGAGAAGAGAGAACUCCUCGAGAGAGAUACAGAGAAAGAGCGAGCGCAGAGUUAAACAGAGAGCUGAAAUUCAACUAGUCCUGCUUGCUCUUCUUCCAUGGAGAGAGUUGCAUCCAGCUGCGUCGGCCUCCUGGCUCAAAGGAGGGCCUACUCCGUGGCCGCGGCCAUGGCGAAGGGAGCCGGGCGGAGGGCCGACGAGAAGACGGCGGCGGCUGCGGCGGCCAAGCGCGUGAUGGGCAAGAAGGAAGUGAACACCGCUGCCGCGGCGGCGGCGGAGAAGACGGCGUGGGUGCCGGACCCGGUGACCGGGUACUACCGCCCGGCGGGUGGCGCCAAGGAGGUGGACGCGGCGGAGCUGCGCUCCAAGCUGCUGACGCAGGCCACCAACACUCCGGGUUCCAUGGAGAGAGUCGCAUCAAGCUGCGCAGGUCUCCUGUCGCAAAGGAGGGGGUACGCCGUGGCCGCGGUGGUGGUGAAGGGACCCGGGCGGAUGGUCGUGGAGAAGGUGGCCAAGCGCGUGAUGGGCAAGGAGGUGAUGAACACCGCGGCUGCGGGUGCGGCUGCCUCGGCGGAGAAGACGCCGUGGGUGCCGGACCCCGUCACCGGCUACUACCGCCCGGCGGGCGGCGCCAAGGAGGUGGACGCGGUGGACCUGCGCGCCAAGCUGCUUCCGCAGAGGGUCGCCAACUGACCGAGUGAUCGAUCAGUUCAAUUGUUCAAAUGGCGGCUUAGCUUGCUAAGAUCUCCAUGCGCUCGCUGUCUCGCUGAUGGCCGGGUAACGAGUCAGCCAACGAGGCCUGGAGCAGGAGGGUGCUGCUGUGUCUUUGAGGCAUGAUAUAUAUAGUUUGGAGACUUUGGGGUUGGGGAGUGCUCCACCGUAUGAGCUACUUAUAUACAAAAGAACGUCCAUUUCCGUGACGUCCUAAAUUAUCUGAUCCGGCAAAGAUUAUGAUAAACAUUUAUAAAUGUUGGUGUGUGGAA